GACGACACAAGUAACGGCUGCGUAGAAGACUAAUAAAAUGGUGGAAAGGGACAUCAUUGUUGCCGGCUUACCGUGCGGCUACGAAUAUGAGUUUAUAUCAUCCGUAUUCGAGGAAUAUCACUGCCAUAUUUGUCACUUACCUUUACGAGAACCAGUGCUCACUAGAUGUGGACACAGAUAUUGCAAGAAAUGCUUGGAUGAGGCGAUUAAAAGGUAUGAUGAUCUGUGUAACAUUUCAAAACUUGCUGUCUCAGGCAAUGCGGAUGAAAAAAUUGUCAAAAUAUCGUCAUGAAAAAGAGUGAAAAGUAAUCAGGAUUGGGAAGUGAACUUUGUGAUCCCUGUUGAAUUUAAGAGAUCUACAAAACAAAAAACCAAAUCAAGUUAUAUUGAACAGAAUCGUUGAAUGCGUCGUUUUUUUCACUCUCAGUAUGGCUGUUUUACAAAAUUAAAAAUAUGCUCUUUUCAAAAUGUUCGUGAAAGAGAAUAUUCCUGUCAGGUUCUUAGUGACCCCUGACAAAGAUUUUACGACGACGGAAUUUCUAGACAGUGUAAAUUGCUCCUUAAAACUAUCUUAAAACUCUGACUUUUCUGCGUGUUGUCACUGAGCACAUAAGGAACACUAAGGGUAAGACUGGAGCGAAAAGUGAUUAUCCUCAGCCGAACGAACUUGGUUUGAAAUUUCGUUUUCGUACAAACGUUCCUGUUUUUAAUAAAACCAAGAUCCCGUUCUUCGAGCGUCCAUGUGUCGCUGUGAUGGAUUCAUUGUUUUACAUAUAAACGCAUACUUCUAGCUUCUAGGGCAGGGCUCUGAAAUCUUGGUUUGUAUCAAGAUAUUUAUCAGCUUAAAAUUUCAUGUUAAUAUCAUAAGAAAUUCCAGCGAAAAUCUGUUCAAGUCCAGCAGCUUUUAAAAGGGUAAAAGGGUGAAUUUGUUCAACAUGAAUUUUUAAUCAGGUAAAACCUUCUUAAAAUUAAUUCAAAGUCGCUUUGAAUUGGAUUCUCAUAACACAAUUAUCUUUGGAACCUAGGAAGUCGAAGCAACAAGAGAUAAGUUCCUUUUAUUACAAUAUUCCCUAAAAUAAAUCAAAAUGUAACACCAAAUAUUUUAUUUCUCGUGUAUUUAUUCAGGCAGCACGUUCCACAAUGCCCGGUAGAUAGGGAGCCUUUGGAUCGAGAAAAGGUAACUCAAUUUUUAUAAAUUUUUCGCAGUGAUUUCUAGUCUUGCGCAGACAUUUCCAUCGGUCUCAACAGUAGUCAUUCCUUCAAUAACAACAUUCCAGACAAUUUCUAAUAUAUGAGCCAGCGGGGAGUGUCGCGAUUUUAUCUUUAAUAGACACGCGAUCUCUUCCAAGUCACGCAAAGAUGUUUGAAAGUCACGCUAGGCUACUCCACAAAAGUUUAUACACAAAGCCGUUUUUUUCACGUGUCUCAUAUUUAAGUUCAAAUUCAGAAUUGAGCAAGUUGUUCUUGACUUUCUCGAUAAAAGCGUUAUAACUAUCGAUUUCACGAAAAAUCAAACAGUCGUUAUGUAGCUUUGGACGAUAUAAACUGAGACCUCCUCUUUGGCGCGAGGAAAAAUCAUGCUAUCUUAGUACUAUAAGCCCCCCACGUGGGUUGUUCUACCGUCAGCGCUAAAAGAAUUGAAAGAGAUUUGCCAUGUAAGAGUUUAGAGUUAAAACUCCAACUUUUGCCUGCUUUAACCAGCUCUGUCCCGGUAAAACGUGUACAAAGAACCAACAUAUGUAACAGAAUUUUGUGCACAGGUACCAAAAGUUAACACCCAAAAAGCUAGGGUAACUUGUCUAUUUUCCGUCAUUCAGGAUAUAUUUCCAGACAAAGCGACAGAAAGGAACAUUCUCUCCUGUCACGUGAAGUGUCCGAGUGAAGGAUGUGACUGGACAGGAGAGGUCCGACACGUGGAGGUAUUUAUAAAAAAUACGCACGCGCUUAACUCUCGUCCUUUGGCAACAGUGUUGAUCAUCCAAUCAGUAUUUUGCCGCGCGUUUCUGAACUCAAAACCACCCACAAUACCUUUCGGGAUUGUCGCGUGCACUUUUUCCGACAACCUUUCUCGAAAUAGCUGUGUAUAAAACACCUUGACUGCGGAUAUAUGAUACUUAUGCAAUCCGCUAUCAAACGUUUACACAUGAUGUCACGCUGGCCUUGUUGUUGUUUCAAAAUAAUGAAACGGCGGCCAUGUUGAUGUUCCAAACCAAUCCUAUGGUACUUGAACUCUUUUCUUUCGAAAACGUUUUUUUGUUGAAAUAAAUUUGCAUAAGUGCUAGCCACUUGAGUGAAAAAGCCCUGUUACUAAAAAUGAUUUUAAAACCCUUGUAAUGUUCCUCCAGGCACAUCUACUUAGCUGUGACUGCAAAAUAAUCCGCUGUCCAAACCAUCGGUGCCAGGCAAUAAUGGAAAAGAGACUUGUGGAGGAUCACGUGAUGAACACGUGCCAGUGGAGAACCUCGCAAUGUGGGCAUUGUAGUGACAAAUACGCUAAGUGUGAAGAAGAGGUAUCUGUUGGUCCUAAGUUUUGAAACAUUGACUUGAUGUGCUUUUCACAAACCAAUUGACCAUCUUUUUGUAUUUUUCUGUAAUAUACCUAGAGGAAAAUUCGCUUAGUAGACGAAAACUAGUUGUAUUCAUUUACCUAUAAGCCGAGGGUAGCUCUAAGCGGAGAACCUAUAUACUUAAUCAAUCAAUAAAUCAAGCUUUAUUUACUUAAGAGACAUAGUCAAUAUGGGCAAGAGCUUUCACAAAAAGCAAAAUAAAGGAAACUUUUAUCCGUCUAUUUUACAGGUCUGAGUGUCUAUUCAAGAAAGCUAUCCUUUUGUAUGUGCAAUUCAGUAUCGUCUACUACCCUUUUGUCCACAGAAACACUCCUCCGAAUGCCGCAGGAUCCCCGUUGAUUGUCCUAAUGGGUGUGGCGAGUUUAUACCAAGAGAGGAGGUAUGUUUAACCUAGCACAUUUUUUUAUAUAUGGGUUGAUUUACUGAGCAUUUCGGCUACUUGUAGGUUCUCAUUGACGUUCUCUUGUUUUAACACGAAAUUUGCUCGCUAAUCAUUUGAAAUCUCAGCUAAUGUAGUUAGGGUUUCUUCCUUUAGUAGGUAACUAGAUUAUUUGCAAAGAGUACAUCAUCUUGUCUCCUUGAAACUAGUUUUUAUCCUGGUUUUUAUCUAGUGAGUUUGUUUUCCCUUUUUUGUCACUUCCUUAUUUUCUAGUGAGACUGGGUAGGUGCUGCUCGAAUUUCAUCUUGGGACUGUUCAGCUGGGUGGGGGGGGGGGGGGGGGUCAUUGCCUUUUACUUGGCCAGUACUGAGUUUCGUAGGAAACUGGCUCAGAAGUCAUUCCCAAGACAGUCCUACAAGGUUAUUUCUCUUUUCAGGUAACCUCACAUAAAGAAGUCACUUGCCCUCAAAGCCUAGUAAACUGCCAAUACGACUAUAUGGGUUGCAGCAUUAAGGUAAUUGAGCAGUGUUUGACUACAACUACGUACCUCAAAAGUGCACUUUAAGAGAACUUGUUGCCGAUAAUGAGUAGUACUACAGAACACUCUAGCAGUAAUAAAACGUACUAGUGUUGUGAUUAACUAAAGGCCGGUUGACAUCUAUGAGAUUUGGCGACCAGACUUGUGACCGAUUUAUGAGAAAAACAGAAGGAAUUAUGGCAAAAACAAAAAUCGGCCUGAUUUUAAUGUGCAUCAUUGAGAGUUUUUAAAACCCCCUAAUGUUAGACUGUUUUUAUCUUUGUGUUUUCCUUUGUGAAGAAUAUCUCCCCGAUAAUUGACCGAUUAGUGACGAGGAGAAAUCACGCCGUAGCCUUUUCUGCCUUUUGAAGGGCUCUCUACCGCAGGCAUGUUACGAACCAACAAAUCAAAAUGACGGAUUGGCCACCCGAUGCUAGGGCUUUUCCCGCCCCAUCUCCUAAGCCAGGGAAAAUCGCCUUGGGACGAGGUUGCAAUACCGUGAAUCGGUUUGUUGGAGCCGUCUAAGUUAUGUCUUUUCUUUAAAUUUAUUUAUACUGCUCUACAAUGCGGACUUUGGUUUUCUUUAUUUCCAGGUCAAAAGAUGUGAAAUAAACGAUCAUUUGGAACAAAGCUUGCGUUCCCAUUUUGAGCUGUCUGUGGACAAAGUGGGUAGGGUGCAGGAUGAGUGUAAAAUUUUGAGGCAAGAAUUUGAAAAGAUGAAGGUGGAACAUCAAGGAAUCAACCACAAAGUCAGUUCACUUGAGAAGUAUCUCAGUGAACUAAAACAAAAACACAGAGAUAUGGAAACAUUCUCGCCAUUUACAUGGAAGGUGACAGACUUCUGGGAAAGAGUCAGAAGAGCAAGAAAUGGCAUCGAAGUUCGAAUCGAAAGCGACGUUUUCUACGUCGGUCCACAAGGUUACAAGAUGAAAUUAGCGAUGUAUCCCAAUGGAACAAAGGAAGCUAAAAAUGCUCAUAUAUCGCUGUAUAUUGCCCUAAUGAAGGGGCAUUAUGAUGCUAUAUUGCCCUGGCCAUUUCAUUAUAAAGUAACUCUAACUGUCAUUGACCAAAACCCUGAUUUAACGCAGAGGCAAAAUUUUGUCAAGUCCUUUGUUCCAGACCCCUCAUGGAAGAGCAUGCAGCGACCAGCGAGUGCAGAGAAUGAACGAAGAGGAUUUGGAAGAUUUUUCUCGCAUGAAAAACUUAUUGCGGGCUCGUAUGUUAUAGAUGAAACUUUGUUCAUUAAGUUUGAAGUAAGCCCUUCUGAUAAGCGUGCGUAA